UAUAAAUAAUUAUUAAAAAAAGAAAAAAUAGUAAAGAAAAAAAUAAUCUUAUAAUAUAUUCCAUCAGUAAGAACAAAAAUUUAACAAAAUCUUAACAUGUCUAUGGAAGCUGUCGAUGAUAUGCAACGUGAAUUUGCUGAUGUAGAUAUAAAUAACGGAGACUCGAACAAUGAAGACGAAGAACAGGAUGAGGAGGAGGAAGUGCCAUCGCCGGCGGUGGGCAAUAACAAUGGAUUAAAUCAAAACGUCAUACAUCGUCGCAUAUCAUCCAGUAAUAUGCAGGAUGUUCUCUCCGAUAAUGGAGAUUAUUACAUAGAAAUAACCAUAUCGGAACCUCAAAAAGUGGGUGAUGGCAUGGGUUCUUAUUUGACUUACAAAGUGACAACAAAAACCAACAUUCCAAAAUAUAAACGUACAGAGUUUACAACCUUAAGACGUUUCAGUGAUUUCUUAGGCAUUCACUCGCUGUUGGCCAGUAAAUAUAUAAAAUUAGGAAAAAUUGUGCCUCCUGCACCCUCUAAAAAUAUAUUCGGUUCAACUAAAGUCAAAAUGAGUCCCCAACAAAGUGAACCGGGAAAUGGCACAAACUUGGAAUGGGUGGAACAACGUAGAGCGGCUUUAGAACGUUACAUCAAUCGUACGGCACAACAUCCAGUUUUAAGAGUUGAUUUAGAUUUUAUUAAUUUCUUAGAAAGUGAUCAAGAAUUACCUCGCGCUGUUAAUACAGCCGCUCUUAGCGGAGCAGCAGUUGUACGUUUGUUUAAUAAAGUUGGUGAGACUGUUAAUAAAAUUACCUAUAAAAUGGAUGAAAAUGAUCCCUGGUUUGAUGAGAAAAUAACCGAAGUUGAAAAUCUUGAUGGUCAUUUACAAAAAUUACAUUCCGCUUUAAAAUCGUUGGUAACUACACGCAAAGAAUUGGCAAAUCUUACUGGUCUUGUAGCAAAAUCUGCUGCCAUGCUUAGUACUUGUGAAGAACAUACUGGCCUGUCGAGAGCCCUUUCAAAUUUGGCCGAUGUUGAGGAGAAAAUUGAAAUCUUACGUUCGGAACAAUCAAAUUCCGAUUAUUAUAUAUUAUCGGAAUUUAUUAAAGACUACUUGGGAUUAUUUACGGCCAUUAAGUCGGUGUUUCAUGAACGUGUUAAAGUUUUUCAGAACUGGCAACAUGCCCAAAUGCAAUUGUCCAAGAGACGUGAAAAUCGCGGUCGUUAUGAGUUAAACAAUCGUACAGAUAAAUUAGAACAGGCUCAAGUGGAAGUGGAAGAGUGGCAAGUUAAAGUGCAACGUUGUCAACAACAGUUUGAAGAGAUUUCCGAAGAAAUUAAAAAAGAAAUGGAACGUUUCGAAAUUCAUCGAAUAAAAGACUUUAAGGCCAAUAUGAUAAAAUAUAUUGAAGAUCAAAUGGCACAUCAGCAGCAAAUAAUUACUUAUUGGGAAUCUUUUGUGCCCAGUGCUCGUGAAAUUGUUUAAGAACAAACAAAGUCAAACAAUGCGCAUUUUCCUUCCUUAAUUUCAUGCAUUUCAUGUUUAUUGCUAUUUUGAAAUUUGUAUCUCACUCACACAAAAAGCUUGUUAUAAUAAUUGUUUAUUUUAAAGCUGGGACCAAAUGCGUUUAAAACAACAAAACAAUAAACCUAAAAAGAGACUUUGUUUACUCCUGCUUACGAAAAUGCAGCUGCAAGGAAUGUUUACUAUAAAAUAUUCUUAAAUUUGACUAUGUCCAUGAUUCUCUUAAAAAAAACGAAGUAAUUUUUUCAACUGUCGCUGUUAAGUUUACCUCAAAAUAAGUUUAUUUUCAAUUAUUUUGCUUAAAAAAAAUGAUAUGUAUACAUAUAUUCAACGUUCCAUUAUUUUAUUUCCUUUUUUUGUAUUUAAACAAAUUAUUAUUAUAUUAUUUUCUUUUAAACCUAUGUAUUUAACUUUUAAAGUGUUUUUUUUUUGCUUUAUAGUCUGCAUUGUUUUUUAUAUUAUUAUUUUUAGCAAAAUACUUUCAAAGUGUGUAAUUGUUAAAAUUAAAAUUGGUAUUAAUAAAACAAACAAAAUAUUAAAAUUAAAAUUGCCUUCACAUCGUACAUUUUAUAACAGUUACGUUUACAUCAGUAAUUUAAAAUUAAAAAAAAAAACAAAAAACAAAUCGAAAGUAAAGAAUAUUUAAUAAUUCAUCUUUACAUACACACAUCCAUAUAUAUUUGGCUUUAUUAAUUUAUGUAAAACAAACAAAAUUAAAAUAUUGUAUUAUUUUCAAAAUAAAAAAUAAUAAAUUAUGUAUUUGAAAUAAAGAAACGAACUUUGUAUAAAAUAAAAUACAAAAUAAAAUGUAAAUAAUGUUAAACACAAUAAUAA